AGACGACGUAGAGUACAAAAGAAGUGAAUACGUUGGACUGGACGGAACCCAACGAAUCGGAUAAACACGAUUAUUUAGUCCCAGUCCGCCCAGUAACUAUUUGAUCGCUCACCAUGAAAAUCUGGAUGACGUUAUCUACUGCUGUUGCAUUCGUGAUUCUAUCAAUCCUGUUCUCUCCGGUAGUUAAGGCCGUCGCAGUCACGUCCGUCGUGACGAGCACCGUCACAACGACCGUCACAUCUACGAACAAACAAGUUUGUUGCCAGUUGGUGAACGUUACUGGCGCCUGUCGUCGCCGGCGCAACUUUGAAUUUAUCGACAAGCCAGAGAUCUUGACAUUUGACGAAGAUAUUGAAGACGAUGUCGACGUUGCCCUAAAAAAUGUGUUCCACAGUUCCAAUCAGUUUCUACCAACCAAAAGGCUCGGCAUGGAGAUGACACCACUAGUUGUGCUGCCGAUGAAGUCGAAUGGAUUCGCGCCUACGAGACAGGCCGUCCAGCCAUCAUUGCCGAUGUUUCUGUUUAGCCGCAGAAAAGGCGCAUACCAAGAUGAGUCUCAAAAAAAUCGUUUUCUCUUCUCGUUCUUCGGCCCGCUUUUACGAAGGCCUACCUCAACAUACACAACGUUUUCAACUGAAACCAAAACGAUCGUCACGACUACUAGCGCCAGUUUCUUUAUCGUCGGUUGUACCCCGCGACCUUUUCCUUUCAAAAUUUGCCCGACGAAACGCGGGCGAUUAUAACGAGCCAUACAUGCAAAGUUGCAAACCCACUCAGCUUAAAGACGAUCGAUAUGCAAUUUUAGGUAGGGCUAUACAGUGUGUUCCACAAAGGGAGAAAUAUCCGAUAGACAGAAGAUGGAUCACAGCGACGGAUAUUUUUAAGAAUUUACCAUAUACCGGUAUUAUAUUUAUAUUGAUUAAAAUUUUGUACAAAUGUUACACAACAUAAAAGUGGAACUAAAUUUCCGAACUAAAAUACAAAUCCUAUUUAUUGCAACAUUCCAGGAUAUAUUAAGAUCUCUACCUAUCAUUAUUAG